UGGAGCUGAGCGAGAAGGAAUGUCUUUGCCCCAUCCAUGGCCUCUGGAGCCAGUGGACACUCCUCCAACCAGAAAGCCGUGAUACCCUCCCUAUUUGCUAAGGAUCCUUAUUUUUCUCCCUUCCAAACCUUCCUUCUUGGUGGACUUUUCCACAAGUGUGGAGCCUCUCAAAACUGAGCCGGAAGUUCCCAGUUUUCGGCUGUAUCCCGUGGUCUCUUCACUGCACAUGGCUACAGCAGCUCCCGGCCCCAGUUCGCCUCUCCGGCCAGAGGACCUCCUGAGUGACUCGUCAGAGCCUCCGGGAUUGAACCAGGUGUCCUCGGAGGUGACCUCCCAGCUGUACACUUCUUUGCAUCUCAGCCGCCAGGCAGAGGCCACAGCCCGGGCUCAGCUGUAUUUAGCUUCCAACUCCCCACCUCCUCACGAGGGCUUAGACAGCUUGGCUCAGGAACUGAGUCGCAGCCUGUCGGUUGGGCUGGAGAGCAACCUGAAAAAGGAUGGGUCUAAGCAUAUCUUUGAGAUGGAAAGUGUCCGGGGUCAGCUCCAGACCAUGCUCCAGAGCUCACGCGAUGCUGCCCAUCGGGACCCAUUCAUUCCUCGCGCUGGCUCGGAGAGACGGGAAGAGGACUCCUUUGACAGUGACAGCACGGCUGCCUUGCUCAACACCCGGCCUCUGCAAGACCUGUCUCCAUCCAGCUCAGCCCAGGCACUGGAAGAAUUCUUUCCCCGCUAUACCAGCCUUCGGCCAGGGCCCCCCGCCAACCCCCCAGAUUUUCAGGGGCUGAGAGAUGCACUGGACUCAGAGCUUACACGCCGAAAGCAUUGUGAGCAGCACAUUCAGAGCCUACAGACUCGGGUGCUAGAGUUACAGCAGCAGCUAGCCGUGGCUGUGGCCGCUGACCGCAAGAAAGAUCUCAUGAUCGAACAGCUAGACAAGACCCUGGCUCGAGUGGUGGAGGGCUGGAACCGACAUGAGGCUGAGCGGACAGAGGUGCUGCGAGGACUUCACAAGGAGCGCCAGGCAGCAGAACUCACCAGAAGCAAGCAGCAGGAGACAGUAGCCCGCCUGGAACAAAGCCUUUCUGAGGCCGUGGAAGCUCUGAGUCGGGAGCAGGAGGGAACCAGACUACAUAGGAAGGAGAGAGAGGCGCUGGAAGAAGAAAGGCAAGCCCUGGCGCUGAGGUUGGAGGUGGAACAGCAGCAGUGCCGGGCCCUCCAGGGGCAGCUGGACGAGGCCAGGGCUGGGCAGCUCAGUGAUCGAGGGAAGCUGGAGGCCCUUCAAGCUGCUCUAGAAAAAGAAAGGCAGGCCUGGGCCCAGCAGGAGCACCAGCUGAGGGAGCACCAUCAGGCAGUGCAGGAGGAAGGCCAGGCUCAGCUGGAGAGAGAGAAGGGGAACAGUCAGAGGGAGGCGCAGGCAGCCCGGGAGGCCCAGCAGCAGCUGGCACUGCUGCAGUCUGAGGUGCAGCGUCUGGAGGGGGAGCUGGACACGGCCCGGAGGGAGCGAGACGCGCUGCACCUGGAGAUGAGCUUGGUCCAGGCCAGAUACGAGAGCCAGCGGAUCCAGAUGGAGUCAGAGCUGGCUGUCCAGCUGGAGCAGCAGGUGGAGCGCCUGGCAGAGGCUCAGGAGAGCAGCCUGCGGCAGGCCGCCACCCUGAGGGACCAUCACAGGAAGCAGCUGCAGGAACUCAGCGGACAGCACCAACAGGAGCUAGCUGCCCAGCUGGCUCAGUUCAAGCUAGAAACGGCUGAACGGGAGGAGCGGCAGCAGCAGGUGGCGCAGGACUAUGAGCUCAGACUGGCAAGGGAGCAAGCCCGGGUUCGUGACCUGAAGAGUGGCAGCCAGAGGCUGGAAGAGCAGUGGGUGCAGCUGGUGGAGCGGCUCCAGGCCCUGCUGCGGGCCCACUGGGACGAGGCCACCCAGCUGCUCAGUACCACGCUGCUGUCUCCCAACCCUCAGGCUCCCCCUGCCGAGCCCUCUAGCCCUGGGCCUCUGGAGCCGGAGAAGGCGGAGAGGAGGGUGUGGGCCAUGCCUCCCAUGGCGGUGGCCCUGAAACCUGUGCUGCAGCAGAGCCGGGAAGUGAGGGAUGACCUGCCUGGGGCACCCCCUGUUCUCGGGAGCAACUCCCCGGAUCUCAGCCUGCUGCUGGGACCCGCUUUCCAGAACCAGAACUCCUUUCAGCCCUUGGAGCCCAAACCUGACAUGGCUCCACCCACAGCUGGACCCGUCUCUGCAUUGGAGGCCUUUGCUGCUGAUCAUAGAGCAGAGCGACCGUUUCCGGAUGAAGACCCUGGAUCUGAUGGUGAUGGCUCCCUAAAACCAGGGCUGCCACCUGCUUCUCAGCUCGAAGGCCUUAGGAAUUUUCUGCAGCAGCUGCUGGAGACAGCACCUCAGAGCAACGAGAACCCCUCUGUCGACCUGUUGCCCCCUAAGUCUGGUUCUCGGACUGUCUCUUCUUGGGAAGAAGCCGCUCCAGUGCCACGCCUGCCACCUGCUGUGCAUAAAACUAAAGUUCCCUUACCCCUGGCGGCUAGUCUUUUCAGGGCCCGAGAGCUUCCCUCAUUCCAUUUGCAGGGCAGUGGUCACAGUACUGGCUCCCCAGAGAGAGGUACAGAAGGGCUCAGCCCCCCAAGGCAGGUGAUGGAAGUGUCUGAGCUGUUCCGCCUGUACCAGGCUCGGGGGUGGGGCGCCUUGCCUGCUGAGGACCUGCUGCUGUACCUGAAGAGGCUGGAGCAAGGCGGGACUGACGGCCAAGGGGAGCUUGUCCCCCGAAGAAACACUGACUCCCGCUUGGGUGAGAUUCCCCGGAAAGAGAUCCCCUCCCAGGCUGUCCCUCGACGCCUUGCUUCAGCCCCUAAGACUGAGAAGCCAGCAAGGAAGAAAAGUGGGCAUCCUGGCCCGAGCAGCCUGAGGAAUCGCGGAGGCGUCUGGAGAUGAGGCCUUUCUCCUCCGCGUUGGUCUCUGUUGCUGUUCAUUUUAAUCAAUGCCCUAUAGUCUGUAUCACAGGAAUUUGGAAAAUGGAGAUUGUGUAGGAUGCUGCUUUGUAAAGAAACCUUUAAAAAUACUGUUUUAGUAUUUUAAAAUGUAUUUGUUACUUCCUAUGAGAAAAUACAUGGAAUCUUUGGGCCUGG